ACAUCCAAGGUAAUUCUGAGUCACUGAUGGCGCCCACACUUUCCUCCUACAAGUCACAUUUGCCAAGAUAAACAAAAACACCUACUGGGAGUUCAAUGUUCAGUACAAAACGACCGGAUCCAUUGGAACUUGACUCAAUCCUCUCAGAAGAGUAAACCACACGCAAACUGUAUCUACUUCCUCCAGAAAUGGGUUGGACAUACUCUGUCAUUUGGUUUGUGUUUGUGUCUGUGUCUGUGUGUGAGUGCUGGUUGCUGCCCUACUCUGAUUCUGUAAUGUAUGGAGAGAUCCAGUCCCCCCUGUAUCCCCAGCCCUACCCAACCGGUCUGAAGAGUGAGUGGAACCUGUUUGGACCUGAAGGCUCCCAGAUCCAGCUGUCCAUAACACACCUGGACAUCAAACCUUCCGCUGGCUGCUCUCAGGACUCUCUUACAGUCGUCUAUGAUCAAAAGAUCCUGUGGACGUUUUGCGGCCAGGAAAAUUCCACUGAUCACCCAGGCAAAGAGCCGAUCCGUUCUCCUGGCAACAAACUGACUCUCAUAUUCCAGACAAGUAACUCCACCUCAGAAGUCCAACAGCAUAUCGGCUUCACUGCCACCUAUAAGUCAACAGUGAUUGACUGUGGAAAACCUGAACCUCUGCUGAAUGGAGGGAUGACCUACCUGUCUGAAUUCCAGAACCAGUACCGCUCUGUUGUUCAGUACCGCUGUAAUGAGCCGUUUUAUUCCCUCCCUGAGGAUGCAAACGCUGAAUUCACCUGCGGAGCAGAUGGAAAAUGGAAAUCCAGCCACGACAGUGUUGUCACUCCUACAUGCAUACCAGUUUGUGGCCAGCCAACACAACACCUCUCUGUGUAUCAGAGGAUCAUUGGAGGCAACGAUGCUCCAGACGAUACCCUUCCCUGGCAAGUGCUACUGAAAGAAAGUUACGCAAGUGGAGGAGGCAUGGUGAUCGCAGACCGCUGGAUUAUGACCGCAGCUCAUAUGUAUCAUUCACAAGCUACAAACCCAGCAUCAAACAACACUAUAAUUUAUAUGGGACAAACCGAUGUUCAGAGCUUGAUGGUUUCUCCUGUUUAUGCUGCCUCAGUCCACAUUCACCCUGAUUACAACAACCCCGUAACCUUCAACAACGACAUUGCCUUAAUCAAACUGCAAGACCCGAUCACAUUCAGCUCAUCAGUAAUGCCCAUAUGUUUACCAGCGCAGAAUGCCACAUAUGUCACUGGCACGAUGGGACUGGUGUCAGGCUUUGGCGUUACACAAGAGAAGGGCCGUUCACCAAAACAGUUGAAGUAUGUUCACCUCCCUGUGGUGGACCAGGAGACAUGCAGUGAUUCAUUUACUACGUCUCAGCAGAAACGGGGCGGAGGACAAAUCCUGACAGACAACAUGAUUUGUGCUGGACUUCCUGAAGGAGGGAAGGACUCCUGUGGUGGGGAUGGUGGAAGCGCCUAUGCCCUGAAGGACAAUGGACGGUUUUGGGCUGCAGGGAUUGUCAGCUGGGGGGCUCGCUGUGGACAGCAGGGAUCAUAUGGAGUCUACACCAGAGUCGCUAACUACCUGGACUGGAUCAUGAAGACCAUGCAGGAGAACUGAGAUUUUCAAGUAAUUCAUGAUGAGAAAACCACAACAUCUAAAAUGAAACAAAUGUUGUUCUAAUUAAAAAAAUAAUGAACAAAA